AUGGCCCGGUGGAGCUCUCGUGGCUAUCCUGACGGUGCGACUCAGCACGGGGCUCUGCUGGGCUGGGUGCUGAAUGAGUGUGAGAGCAGACAGGCUCCAGCCAUUGUUGAAACACCCUUCCUGGCCACCCUGUGCCUGGCGGGGCACCCUGUGUCUCCUGCUGGACACUUCCACGCUCUCUGCAUUAUGCACGACCCCACUAAACUGAACAUCCCCAGAGGCUCUAUACAGGGAGGAGUAAGAAGUCUGGACCCCAUGGCCUGGAAUAGGGUCCAGAAAGCAUCAAAGGCCGGCACUCACUACACGGAGCGCAGAACCAAAGGCCGCGGCUACUGGACGACGAAGCGCGACGGCGAGGUGCAGCUGCGUUUAGAACAGGACUCGCUUGAAAACGAGGCGCCCCUCACCAUCCACGACGUGAUCUUGAGUACAGCCACCAGGUUCGGCAACUACUUGGCGCUCUGCUCCAAGUACAAGGAUGCUUGGUACGUGCUCAACUACAUCGAGUACUACGAGGAAUGCCGGUGCGCUGCCAAAGCCUUCCUCAAGCUGGGCCUGGAGCACUUCCACGGUGUGGGCAUCAUGGGCUCCAACUCCGCAGAGUGGGUCAUCUCCAGCAUUGGUGCCAUGAUGGCAGGGGGCAUCUCUGUGGGCAUGGCACCCAGCCAUUCCGCCAAAGCCUGCCAGGCCGUUGCAGAGAAGGCGGAGAUAGACAUCUUUGUGGUGGACAGUGAUAAACAGCUGCAGAAGGUCAUCCAGAUGCAAGACCACCUGAAGCACCUCAAGGCGAUCGUGCAGUACAAGGAGCUGCUCCAAACAUCGCAGCAGCAAAACCUGUACUCGUGGAAGGGGUUCCUGGACCUGGCAAUUGGUGUCUCGGACGAGAAGCUGGACCAGGUCAUCGACGCCCAGAAGCCCAACCAGUGCUGCACUUUGGUGUACAGCCUGGGGGUCACAGGCCCCCCCAGGGUCAUGAUGCUCAGUCACGACAACAUCACCUGGACCGCAGCGGCCGUAGUCCAGAGCCUCCCUUACAAGUGUCCACCAGAGGGGCAGGAGGUCCUGGUGAGCUAUCUACCACUCAGCCACAUCGGGGCCCAGAUCUUCGAAAUGUGGGUGGCCAUCUUGGUGGCUGGGACGCUCUACUUCGGCCCACCAGAAACUGGCAAAAUGACCGAGCUGCCACGGCCCCCGGGCACGGGCUUCCUGAUCGAGCUGAUGCGGGAGGUGCAGCCCACCACAUUCUAUGGUAUCCCGUGGAUGUGGUACUGGAUGCUGGAUAUGGUUAAGACCAGCCAGCUGGAGUCUACUCGGCUCCGGAGGAGGAUCGAUGACUGGGCCAUGAAGAUGGGCCUGGACACCAACCAGAAACGCAUGUUCGGGCGCGCCCAUCCUCCACUCUUCUUUGGCCUGGCCAAGAAGCUGGUCUUCAACCGGACCAGAAAAUCCCUGGGCCUGAAUAACUGCCAGCAGUUCUUCAACCUGGGCCUGGGGCUGCCCAAGGCCACCCUGGACUUCUUCCUCAGCCUCAACAUCCCCAUCUGCGAGCUCUACGGCCUGUCCGAGUGCACGGGCGUCCACACUGUGUCCAGCAACCGGUCCUUCCGUCUGUUGAGCUGUGGGAAGGAGCUCCCUAACACCCACACGAAGGUGGAGGAAGAAAAUGAGGACAGUAUUGGGAACAUCUAUAUUUGGGGCCGGAACAUCUUCAUGGGCUACCUCAGUGAUCACGAGGACACCCGGAAGAUGAUUGACAACCAAGGCUGGAUGCACACGGGGGACCUAGGUUUCUUGGAUACCGACAACUUCCUCUACAUCAUGGGCAGCCUCAAGGAUAUGAUCACCCUCAGCUCGGGUGAGGUUAUCAACCCCACCCCGAUUGAGGAGCGGGUGAAGAUGCACAUCCCCCUUGUGCACUACGCUGUGGUGGUGGGCCAGGACUCCCCGUACCUGUGCGCCCUCCUCACCAUGAAGUGCCAGGUGAACUGGGAGACUGGAGAGCCACGGGGUGUGCUGACCAGUGAGGCUGUCGCCUUCUGCCGGAGCAUCAACAGCCAAUCCACCUGGCUGACCGACGUUCUCAACAACCAAGACCCCAUCAUCAACGAGUUCAUUGAGGAGGGCAUGAAGGCCGUCAACGAGGAGGCCCCCUCAGAGGGCGCCAAGAUUGUCAAGUGGUUCAUUCUGGACACAGAUUUCUCUGUGGGCAGCGGGGAGCUUGGAGUCACCACAAAUCUGAAGAGGGCAAUAGUGACCAAAAUGUACCAGGAAGAAAUCCAGGCCUUCUACACUGAGAAGCAGCAGAGUCAGUAA